AUGAAUGAUGAAGAAUUUAUUGAUUUUGUUGCAGAUUUCUUGUCUUCUGACGAUUGGGUUGUUCCAACAAUAGAUUUCAUGAUGAGUAACUGCUCUUCCUUUAACGAAAGUAGCUACAAUUCACUUGAAGAAUAUAAAAUUUAUUUACAAUAUACCGAUCUUCUUGAAAAUAUCAUAACUAAUACACUGUGUACAGAUAUUGGUGUUUCAUUCGAAGAGUUUCAAAGUAAAAUUAUAUCGAAUUACGAUCUUCAAAAUUAUAGAGCAAAAACAAUUACAGAAAGCAUUUCAAAAUCGCUCGAUUUUUCAAAAUUCAAAGAAGAUAUGCUUCGGUAUAAGGAAGAUUUAGAAGAGGAAGAAGAAAUUAUUGAACCUCCAGAAAAUCUUGAUUAUGAAACACAAGCUUCAUUCAUUUUAGGAUCCGAGGUACCUCAAAACACAUUUAAAGUAACGCCUCCUUUACCAAGACAAGAAGAUACAACAUUCAAAAUUAAACCUCCUGAUUUUCAAAAACGAUCUCGAAAUAUUCGUGCAAAAAUUCUACAAAGGAAGAGAACCAGUAAGCAAGCAGAGAUAGUUAAGCCAAAUAUGAAUGGAAAAAUAUCCUACAUUCGAAAUCAAAUUAAUACCAUGCAAAAGUAUCAACCACAAAUAUCAGCCUAG